AUGCGUAAAGCUUCGUGUGUGACGUCACUGCUGCUGAUGGGGGCGCUGGUGGCCUACGCCGCUGCCGCGGCCAGCCUCAGCACCCGCUACGACCAGACCAGCGGCCGCCUCGUCAUCCUGCUGACAGAAGACGGCGAGGAGGAGGAGGUGGGCUACGUCACGGCGCCGAGCGACGGGUCCGCCCCCACGGCUUGUGAGGAUGGCAGCUCCGGCGAGGACUGCCUGCAGUUCACCGACUCCAGCAUGGCCGCCGCCACUGGACGACCGCUGCCUCAACAUCAAGAGUCCGACGUGUUCGACCACUUUUCCUACGUCCCCAAGAAGGACGGGAAAGUCGGAAUCGCCGUCCGCUACUGGCUGUUCUCAGACGGCAGGUUCGUCCACGUCCCGCCGUACGUACCGCUUUUCGUAGAACAAAAUACGAACGACUCGAAGGAUGCACUGUGUUUCAUUGCGGAGAACGCCGAUCCCUACCCCACACGAAGACAAGGCAACGUUUUGGAAUUCAACCUGUGCACGUACGAUAACGUGAAGCAGGCACACGAAUACGCAAUCGAGAACUUCCUCGGCAAGCCGGAAGCAAUCCCGGACGAGCGCAUGGCCACGCACCCCGUCUGGUCGACGUGGGCGCGCCACAAGAAGGACAUCGACGACGCGACGGUGAGGCAGAUCGCCGCAGACAUCAUCGCCCACGGCUUCAACGAGAGCCAGCUGCAGGUGGACGACUACUGGGAGAGCUGCUACGGCAGCCUCACCUUCGACACAGACAAGUUCCCAGACGUGAAGACGAUGGUCGACGACCUCCACAAGCUGGGCUACCGAGUCACCCUGUGGGCACUGGCCAGCGGAUACUUCGUCACCAGCGCCAACGGCACGGUCGACACCCAGUGGUGGAGAGGUGUGGGCGGCGUCAUCGACUUCACCAACUCCGAGGCAGCAGCCUGGUGGGCGUGCAGAGUCUGGGCACUGCACAAGGUGACCGGUAUCGACUCGUUCAAGUUCGACGCCAGAGAGACCAGCUGGCUGCCGUACGAGUCGACCAUCGAGCCCCUCGAGCUGAACCCGGUGCGCUUCACCGACGACUACGUGAAGACGGUGUCCCAGUUCGGCCCCCUGAUCGAGGUGCGCUCCAGCGUGCGCAGUCAGCAGCAGCCCGUCUUCUUCCGCAUGUUCGACAAGCACAGCAGCUGGAGCGCCCAGAACGGCCUGCGCACGCUGAUCCCCUCGCUGCUGCACAUGAACGUGGUCGGCCACCCGUUCGUGCUGCCCGACAUGAUAGGCGGCAACGUCAACAGCGGCAACGGGCCCGACACGGAGCUCUACAUCCGCUGGCUGGAGGCCGCCGUCUUCAUACCGGCGCUGCAGAUGUCCAUCGCGCCGUGGGACUUUGACGACGAGGUGCGUCCAGUCCCAGCGUCGUUCAACUAUCAAACUUUCGAGGCGUUCAACGAUUCGUUGGCCCUGUAA